ACAUUCAUUUUGACUUUUAACGUCAAUACAAUUUGACAUGUGCGUUGAAAAUUUUGACCAGUAUAACCCACCACAUGCACAAUAGAAACCCAUAAUGGAUGAACACUUUUACGAUUCUUUGGAGGAAGAUUCUUUCUGCGAAUGUCUGAGCGACCUCGGAAACUUUGAGGACAGCCCUGUCGAAAGCGUGAAGCAGGAGGAAGAAGAACAGGACGAUUUGUCGGAGAUCAUACCACUUUACCAACGCGAAACUCCAAAAACAACCAUAAAAUCGCUGAAGAGAGAAGGCCACAGCGGUUCCGAUCUGAAGAAACCUUCGAUCAAAGAGCCAAUUCCCAUAAAGCCAAAGAAGGAAAAUCGAACGUAUCUGAACCUUUUUCACAGCAAAAUAAAGUAUCCAGCUAUUGGGGGUGGAGACGUUGCCAAAUUGAAGACCGGAUCUGAGACCACCAGGGCACAUUACGACCCUUCGUCUAGAAGGAGUAGUGCAAUGUCUAGAGGAAGAAGCGAGGAUUUUACUGUCGAGAGAGAAUAUUCUUCAGAUGAAUCAAGUUUUUACGAGAAGUUCAUAGCGGAAGAAGAACUCAAACGAAAGAAUCCUGGCUUCAAAAGUACUUCUGGAACGAUGUCUAAUCUUCUGAGUGUGUCCGAACAAUGUCUUAGUAAUACAGAGUUGAACAAACCGAAAGGUAAAAGGAGAGUGACCACCAAGGCUUCGUCGAUGCCCAACAGUAGUGUGUUCUCAGGAAGUGAAGAUAACAAGAACAUAAAACUUCAAUUACUGAGGAAACGCCAAUACUAUGGAAAAAAAGCAAGUUCCAGAAACAAGGCUAUUAUGGAGGAAACAAAAUUCAUCAAGAACUUCAAUACAAAAUUGAAAUUAAAGAAAUGAAUGUAAUAGUCCUCUACAAUAAAUCACAAGUGUCGAAAACUAAA